AAAUUUUUAAUUUCCUUAAAAAUUUAAAUAAUAUAACUUUCAUAUUCUUGAAAGUUAUAUUAUUUCUAAUAAACUGCCAACGGGCAUACAUACGUAUAUACAUAUAUAUAUAUAUAUAUAUAAUUAAAUAAAAGGCGUAUUUAUUCUCGCCAAAAACGGUUUCACUAAAAUUGCAGAUAUUUUCUUGCCGCCCAAAAAUCUCACAUCGGCAAUUUGCCGCUAUUGAAUUUUGGUAGAAACAUUCCGUUUUCCGGAAAGCGGUAUAUCUCCACUUACCGCCAAUCUUAUAUAUAUAUAUAAGUAUAUGUACAUAUAUACAAAUUCUGAUAUAUACCCCAAAAUAAAUUCCGUUGCAGUUUAUAUGCCUACUGUGUCCCACUGUGCAAGAACAAAAUAUUAGCACAUUAAAAUCACAUACUUUCCUCUGCUUACCAAUUUUUGCCGUUGGUCGCAUAGUUCGUUGAACUUGGCUAAACAAAUUGCCGAAAAACAUAAGUGCACUAUUUCCCAUAUAUCAUAUGUACAUACGUUAGCACAUAUAAACAUUUUUACCAGUUGCAUUUUCUGCAACUAUUCGUAUAAUAGCUAAGAGAGUCGCUGCUAUUUAUCGAACAAUACAGUCCACACGUACCAAGCGCACUCUAGCUUAUUUUAAUUUAUUUCAAUCUUGCUUUUCUCUGCUGCACUCACCAAGCUAAGAGAACGUAAAUCAAAGCCCGCUCUCUCAGCGGUGAGCGGCUCUUUACGUAUUAUUAUAUCCACUUGUGCAUUCCCGCACACAUACAUACAUACGCACUAUAAUCAAAACAAAUUCUCUGUUGUUUUCGUUUCUUAACUCACCACUGCUGUGACAAAGCAUAGCUUAGCCAUAUACUCGGCUUCAUACGUAAAUAUUUGUACAUACAUACGUACGUACAUUUUUACAUUCUACAUAUUCUGCACUUUUGUACAUACGUGCUAACAAAGAAUAUUGUCACACGAAUAUUAUCCAUAACGCGAUAAGAAAUCGAAGACAUCAUGGCAGCACGGAAGGCAUGCCCCCUGGCUCCAACGGCAGAGACAGACAACUGCCUACAAUGCCGGCUCUGCCACCGGUACCACGCAUUGCGGACGUGCCCGGCCAUCAAGGCGAUGAAGCCGCCGCAACGGUUGGGAGUAGCCCGCGCGCAAGGCUACUGCGUCAACUGCCUUGCGCUCACCCACACCACCGGGGAAUGCGAUUCGCCGGGUAGUUGCAAGACCUGCGGGCUAGCGCACCACACGCUGCUGCAUGUGGCAGCCAACACGCAUGCGCGCACGGGGCCAAGGGAACAGGGGCCCAAGAAGAGGAAACCGGCCACAAAGGCCCCAAGGAGCGUCAAGCGGCGCGCACCGCCGAAGAAAAAGGCGCUGAAGAAGGCGCAGAAGAACCCGCGCAACCAUGCGCCGCAACCGCCGCGCAAGAAGACCGCCCAACGGACGAUCGCGCGCACGCCCCAAGGCCUACAAACGGCCAAUUUCCAGGGCCGCACCACCCACCGCGUCCUGGGCAACACUAUACGCGCCCUGAAAGAGCUGCAGGAGACGCUCAGCAACGCAUUCCUGCAGGGCGGGGACGAUGUCUAAGCCGCCGCUUAAGCCGAGUUCAGCGGCCGUGCGCGCGCACUUUGGCGGCAGUGGAGUCGACGCGACUCCGAAAAUAAUUACCGAGCGCGCACGGCCGCCUCCCAAUCGUCGUGCGAAAAUCCGCACAAACCAGUUCAGCUAUUAACGCCGGUCUACGCGCACGCGCCCCCUUAAUAUUAGCAUUUUAAACAUCUUUUCAACUGUGUCAUCUUUUUAACAUCCGUGAAAAUAUAAACUUUAAUUGUUAAAAACUUUGAAUAAACCGAGCGGAAGUUUGUAAAAUUAAAAAUUGAAAACCAAAGUAUUUCCUUAAAGCGGAAAGAAACUGUGUGUGUGCAAGGUGAGUGCGAAAGGCAA